CUCAACUAGUUAUCCAACUUCGUACAUUCCUUUACCUUACAUUCUUUUAACAAUGCAAUUCUCUACUGUUAUCGCAGCCUCUACCUUCGCCGCCUCCGCUGCUGCUGCUUUCACCAACGGUACCGUCAUUACCACUGAAGUCACCGUCACUGGUUUCACCACCUACUGUCCAAUCUCUACUGAGGUUGUUGUUGUCACCUGUCACGAAGAAAAGUGUGCUCCAGCCACCUUCACCGUCACUGAAGCUUCUACCUUGACUAUCACUGAACCAUGUGUCAUUCCUUCCACUUUCACUGCUGAACAAUGGACUGUCACUGAAACCAGAACCUGUUCUGAAUGUAAGGCUGUCCCAACCGGUAACGGUACCCACUCAGUAUCUUCUUUCGAAGCCGCCGGUGCCAGAAAUGUCGCUGGUGCUUUGGCUGGUGUUGCUGCUGUUGCCGUUGCUCUUUUCUAAGUGCAGCAGCUAAGAGCCCUGGGCGCGAUCUUGAUUUUUGAUUUGAAUUUCGUACAAAUUGUUGAUUUAUUCGGUGGAAGAAGUUUUCUGCUUCAUUUUAUACCAUUUGCAAAGAACUUUUCACUUUGCAAUUACCAGUAGUGCUAAUCAGUCACGCUAUUUUGGCUUGUCGUUACUUACCCAUUCUAUUCACGCAGUUUCAUUUUCGGCUGUGGUAAGCUUUUACUAGCCAUCCCACUAAUCCUUGAACAAGCACCUAGGACCUUCGCAUUCCCUCCCUAACAAGACUCCUGUCUUACGUUAGCUGUAUUAUAUACUAUUAUCUAAUAAUAUAACCACUUUCAA